AAUCAUGAACGCUAUUUUUAUUAUUUAAAGAAAGCUAGGCUGUGCUUGUAGUUGAAUUUGAAUUGAACUGUUGUAGAGUUAGAGGCGUAAUUUGAGAAUACUUCAGAUUCAGCCAUUAGGCAAAAGGAAGCAAAAGCAACCUCUCUCUCUCUCUUGCUCCUCUCUCUAUUUCCGUCUUUGAUUGCCUUUGUGAACAGUAACCGCUUGAGGUCGAAACUUUUGGAGGUCUGUUUGGCUGAAGAAUGGUUCGCUUCUUAGGGUUUUCGUUUCUCUGUUUUGAAGAUUGGCUUCUUUUGGAUUGAGAAUUGCCGGAGCUUCAGUGUUUCAUGAACCGGUGAAAGGGGAGGAAUCCGCCCUUUCUGAGUGGAUCAAUGUGCACUUGCUAGGCUCAGCGUCUCCUUUAUAUUCUUCUCGUUGUUACAAGAAAAAGAAAAACAGAAAAUAAAUUUCAUUUCUGAGGAUAUGGGAUGCCUAGUUUCAAAGCCGGCAGAUUCUGGUGGAAACAGGCGGAGGCCGGGAAACAUUGGGGAAGUUUCAGUCUAUGUUCCUGGUCUUCGUAUUCCAAAACCAGUUGAUUUCUCUCUCACACUUGGCGAUAAUCUAUCCAAAAAUCUUGUUGAACGUCUUUCGGCUCUGAGAACUCGUAUAGUUGUAAUGGCUGGCCAGGAAGGUCCAACAAUAACAAGAACACGGAGAAAAACUGCUACCCAACAUGGUGGUUCAACAUUAGCUGAUCUUCAGCAGGCUCUGGAAGAUUAUUUGCCUGUUCUUCUGGGAUUAGUUAAAGAUGGAAACCAGCUUCAACACAAAGUACAGUUUGCAUGGAUUAAUCAGGAGGAUGAUUUGGAGGAAACCACCAUGUCCAAUGCUUGGUAUGAGGUGCUGUCAGUUUUGCACUUAAUGGCAAUGCUAUCAUUAUCACAGGCCAACUUAUUACUUCUUCCUAGAACAUCUUCUGAUGGUUAUCAGCCAAAAGUAUCAGAAGAGAGUAGGCGAGCUUCAAUUGACAUUUUUGUAAAGGCUGCAGGAUAUUUGGAUUGUGCUGUUAGACACGUUCUUCCUCAGUUGCCUGCUGAAUUUAGGAGAAAUCUGCCGGUAGACCUUGCUGAAGGAGUUCUUCGAGCGCUUUGCCUGCAAGCACUGGGGCAGGGAGUUGAUAUUCAGCUAGGAAUGGCUAUUGAUAGCACCAAAGCUACUCUCGCUGUUAAGCGAAGGCUUGCAUGUGAGAUGGUAAAAUAUUGGCAGCAGGCCCAAGAUAACAUUAUGAAUCUUCCAUUAUCGAAUGGUUGGGGAGAGAAGCACCGGUUCUUCGUUAAAUGGAAAUACAUUGAAGCAAAGGCUGCAGCUUAUUAUUACCAUGGUUUGAUUCUCGACGAGGGAAACACAGAGAAGUCCCAUGGGAUGGCUGUAGCUGCAUUGCAAGCAGCUGAUGAAUAUUUUAAAGAAAGUAAAAAGGCUUGUGAGGCAUUUAACUCCGCUCUUCCUUUAUCAAGAAAUCCGCCACUUUUUGGAACCAUGAAGUAUCUAUCAGAAAAAAUUCCAAAAGACGCUUCAAGCAAAGUGCGGAUAAACCGCGACUUGUACUCUUUCGAAAAGAUCGUGGAGACCGCACCGACGUUGCCCGAUUUUGCCCUGGCCCUGAAGCCGGACGAAUUCCAACUUCCUGCAGUGGAUCCCUCAUGGAACGAGGAGAACAUAAACAGAGCACAAGUUGCCCCUAAACAAUUAAAGGUUGAUCAAAGAUAAGAUAAUCUGCAUAUAUUACGUUGAUACAGGACUGAGACGACGCCGGAAAAGAUUGUAAUGCCAAGGGAAAGCACGUCGUUCUUCAAUCAUUGUGUGUACCUAUAGGGUCCSGUUUUUUACUUCUCUCUUUUCCUUCUUAAUAAAUUCAUAUUCGCCUUCUUCCUUGAGGUCUGUUUAUCUUGCAAGAAGAGUUCCCAAGUUCCUCUGAAUGUAUUGUUUUCUGCCAUCAAAGUGGGCGUUUCCCCUUUUCUUUUUCCUUCUUUAUUUUGCUUCUCCCUCCCAUUCUUUGUUGAUGGGGUUCUUUUGAGGUUAGAUGCUCGAUUCACCGAAAGACAAGCUAUUUGUCCAGUGUUUUGUUUAGGURGAAACAAGGGAAAAAGUAAA